AUGUCCUCUGGGGCUUUGCGCUCUUUCCCGAAAACGAAGAACAACUUUGUUUGUUCCGGUGCCGAAAUCAUGUCCAAGAUCCUAUAUUAUCUGAAUCCGCCUGGCGAGAUGGCCACAGCAGCCCUUCAGAGUUCUAUUACCAUACCGCUCGUGAUGCCGAGGAUGAGCUCGGCAUUAUUGGCUAGAUCCCCCAAAGAUCGCCCUUGCAUUACACCAGAAUCAGCCGUCAAUCUCGGCCUAGUUGGACCUUUUGUCGAGACUCCAUAG